AUGUAUUCAGAGGAGAUACAGUCACUCUCAGAUGUGACAUUUAUGAUGAAGGAGUCACUAGCUGGAGCUACCACUGGAUCACGCAGGUCACAAAAGAGUGAUGCAGUUACACUGACAGUAUCAGAUCCCAGAGCAGUUUUAAGUGUUUCUCCACAGAACUGGCUGACUGAAGGAGAUCCAGUGACUCUGAUCUGUGAGGUUCACAGUUACUCUACAGGCUGGACGUUCAGCUGGUUCACUUUAACUGUCUCACCAGAUCAGUAUGAUCUGCUGUCAGACAGCAGCAGAGGAGCAGGAGGAAACUACACGGUCAGUUCUGUUGCUCUAAAUCACACAGGAGUUUAUGUGUGCAGAGCAGAGAGCGAGAAAUCAGUCUAUAAAACACAGUUCAGCAACACACAGCUGCUGUGGGUCACUGGUGUUUCUCCUCCAGUCUCUCUGAUCGUCAGUCCCAGCAGAAGUCAACACUUCACAUCUGUCUCUCUUUCUCUGAGCUGUGAGGAGCAGAGUAACUCUACUGGAUGGAGAGUGAGAAGAUACACAGACGGUGGACGGCUGGAAGAUUGUUCAUUACGUCGAGGAUCUACAUGUACAUUCAGCUCCACCGUCCCAUCAGACACUGGAGUGUACUGGUGUGAGUCUGAAUCUGGAGAGAAACAUCAUCCGGUUAAUAUCACUGUACACUCUGGUGUGAUUCUGGAGAGUCCUGUUCAUCCUGUGACUGAAGGAGAUCAUCUGAUUCUGCGCUGUUUAUAUCAACAUACAACCCCAGCAAACCUCAGAGCUGAUUUCUAUAAAGAUGGAUCACUCAUCCAGAAUCAAACUACAGAGAUGACCAUCACCGCUGUCUCAAAGUCACAUGAGGGUUUCUACUACUGCAAACACCCGACGAGAGGAGAGUCACCCAAGAGCUGGAUCUCAGUCAGGGAUAAGACUUCUGAAGACUCAAGGUUUUAUAAACCCAUGAAAAUUGGAGUGACUGCAGGACUGACUGUCACUUUUUUGAUCAUUGUCUUCUUGGUCCUGCUGUGGCGUUACAGAAACAACAAAGGUGGAAGAUCUCAGUCUCUCUCUACUGUCCGUCAACAGCAGAACCGCAGUCAGACAUCAGAGCAGAACCAGAGAGAAGCGCGAGACAAGACACUGCUGUCUGGAACUGCUAUUAUUUAUGACUCUACUGCAGCUAUUUAUGCAACUGUUGAUAAUGUUAUAAGCACAGACAGUGUAAGUGCGCCUUCUGAACUCACCUAUGCUGAGAUUGAACUGAAAUCUACAAAGAAACAGAAGAAAAAGAAAGACAACAAAGAGAAUAAACCUGAGAGUUCUGACAGUGUUUACUCUAAACUCACACUGCAAACAGAUCAAGGUGCUGGGUCUGGUGAAGUGAUUUAUGCUCAGGUUAAAUAAAAAUGUCCAGAGGAGAAACAUUCAAUCCCAGGAUGCUGAUGGGUGGAAAUUAACCAGGAUCAUCAAUGAUCAG